UUCUUUUGCAUAGUUGGUUAUUAUAUUCCCCUUCUUACUGUUUAGAACAGAAACUAAGAUAACAUUAGCAUUUUUUCUUUUCGAACAGAAUCAAAGACAACAUAAUUUAGCAUCUUUUAAUGUCAAAUUGGUUUUGUUCCUGUGGUUAGAACUUGGGAGUAGUGGCUGCAUUCCAAUUUUCUCCCUUUUGAAGAAAAGAUGGCACUCACUUUGAAAGAGGAGGAUGCAGCUGAUUGGGUUUACAGAGGAGAAGGAGCUGUUAAUCUUGUGCUCGCUUACGCUGGAUCCUCUCCUUCUUUUAUUGGGAAAGUGAUCCGAUUACGUAAGGCUCCGAAGAAUGGAUUGGAGGCAAAGGGUGUGAGUGUGAGGAAUAGCAUAGCUUUGACUCCUCAAGAACGUAUCCUCUGGAAAGAUGUGGAUCAACUUAUUUCCUCUUCUGACAAGGAAAUUGUUGGUCAACUAUAUGUGGAGCAUGUCAUGAAGCCCUUACUUGGUUCCAAUUAUGUUGAUGCUGGGACGCACAUCCUGGUGACCAGGGAAUUCCUUGAGUUAGUUGAGAAGAAUGUUACUGAUCAACGUCCUGUGUGGCGAGUUGAUGCUGCGCAGGUUGAUACACAUUGUGAUUUUGGCCUUCUCAUGUCCGAUCAUUCACUUUUUGCUCAUGGAAGUCCAAGACCUAGCCCCUGCAUAUCUGUUGAGAUAAAGCCCAAAUGUGGAUUCCUUCCAUUUUCAAGAUUCAUAUCUGAAGGAAAUGCUAGCAAAAGGAGAAUAACACGAUUUGAAAUGCACCAAAUACUGAAAUUGCAUCAAGGAGAGAUAUCACGGCUAAGUGAGUACAAUCCCCUUGAUCUAUUCUCUGGAUCUACGGAAAGAAUUCAGAAAGCUAUUAAAGGUCUCCUUAUAACUCCUCAAAACAAUUUCCGUGUAUUUUUAAAUGGCUCUCUCAUACUUGGAGGUCUAGGAGGUGUUGCAAAAAAUACAGAUGUGUGUAUUGCUCAAAAAUUUGAAGAUGAGCUUAAGUCGGUCAUUGAAGUUGAUGAUGGUCUGUGCACAGAGAACUUACUUAAUCUUGUUACUGAGGCUUUGCAAAAGUCAGGAGUUCUUGAUAAGCUCCUGGAGGUUCAGAAGCUUGAUAGUGUUGACAUAGAAGGAGUCAUUCAUGCAUAUUAUAACAUUACUUCUGAACAGUGCAUGGUGUGUAAGGAAUUGAGUGAAGAACAGGCAAAAAUAUAUGCCUCUUUGCAUUCAGCUUCAUUUGAUGAAAGCUUGAGAAUAGUAAAGGACUACCUGAUAGCAGCAACUGCAAAAGACUGCAGUUUGAUGUUGUGUUUUAGACCAAGGAAUGAGGAGGAUUCUGGAUUGGUGUACAAUAAUGUAUACCUUGAGUCAACUAAGCAGACCUUUGAUUUUAAGGUGUAUUUUAUCGACCUUGAUUUAAAACGCUUGAGUAAAGUGAGAGACUACUAUGAAUUAGAUAAGAAGAUAGUGAGCCGCUACAGACAAAAGAUCAAAAUGGAUCGAGGAAGAAAUGAAGUGACAGGCUUGAAGGCAUGUAAUGGUCAUCCUCUGCCUGCUACAGGGAUUGCUGUAGUGGAGCAGUUGUAGCAGACCAAACAGGAGCAGUAAUGAUUCUAAAAAGUUCCUUUCAAGAGAGACAGUAAGAUGUUUUGGAAAGAUAUUUCUGGGGUUUUAAUUUUGGGGACUGAAUUCUACAGACAAAAUAAUAGUGAAAAUGAUAAAGGCUUGGAUUUAGAAGAUGAUUGAUAAUUCCAAUUCAGGAAAUUUGUAGUUGACUUUUGCUAGUGUUUAGUUGAAUGUUUUGUUUUAGAUACUCAGGACUUUUUACUGUUAUGAAUUAUCAAUGUAGUCAUUUUUAUUAUC